AUGUCUGCUCUCCUGCCAGUUAAACGCGCAGGUGCUGUGGCGGCGUCUCUGCUCCGCCUCCCUGCGGAAGGAGGGCGACCAAGGGCACUGGUAAUGGCAUCGCGACAGUACCAUUCCAGUUCCCAGCCACAGGGAAAGGCAAAGACCAGUACCGUCCGACAGGCUCCCGCCCGCGGCGCCGCAACCGCAGCUGUCGCUCACCAGCCUCAGUUCGUCAUGCCGGACCCCAUCUCCAUCCCGGUCUCGAUCUCAGCAAAGAAGCCACAACUGAACCUGCCAGAGCAGGCCUACAAGCCCGAGUACUAUGAGGCUAUAUCCGCCAUCAUGCAGCUACGCGACAAGUACAUCGAGGAUCGUGUCCUCUUUGUACCCGGACGCGAGAUGGCCCGUCUCCUAAAGCAACUUGGUGCACGGGAUGAAGACUUUGAAGCCCUGCAGAAUGUCAGUGACAAUCUUGUCGGCGACCCUACCCUCCCUUACCGGAAAACACGGAACGGUCGCUUCUGCCUCGACUUUGACGCCGGUACUCUCCGCCGGCUCGAGUUCCAGCCUUUCAUUCUUUCAAAGGCCGAGGACUUUAGCCGCUACGACUCGGACAAGGUCCGCCACUUUGACGAGGUCGAAGACGAGCUCCAGCUCAACAGCGUCUUCCAGGCCCUCAUGAUCUUUAAGUCGGCCAUCUACCAUGGCGUGCAAUCUUUCCGUCGCCCUAACAUGGACUACGACACAAACAAGUGGAUAUGUACCCUCUUCUCUGUCCGCACCACCACCACCCCGGAGCGCCUUGGCGAACCCGCUCUCGAAGGUGUCCACACUGACGGCGUCGACCACACCAUGACCACGUUUCUCGGCAGCCAGAACAUGAAACCCGAGAGCGCCGUCACCUACGUCCACGAUAUGAGAGAGACGACAGGGAUCCGCUACACCGACGCCUCACCCGACUACAUCAACGGUCGCGUCCACCACCGCCACUUUCUCGACACAAUGAUGGUUGUUGACAGCGAGCGCAAGCACAGCCUGUCGCCUGUCUACGCCAUUGAGCCCAACAAGCCAGCAACCCGCGACAUGCUUGUUUUCUUCAGCCGCAAGCCGACUGUUGCCGGCCACGUCUCUGCAGAUUUAGAUUCAAUGAGCCCUCACCUGGAGAUGCCUAUGGAAAUACCCGUUUUUGUUCCUUUUCCACCUCAUCUUCGUGGAGGAACCGAGGGUCGGGAGAAUUAG